UAAAUUGCUUGUGAUGUAACACGAAAAGUGAACGAGUUGGUUGAUCAUCGAAAGGGUCGGAUCCGCCCAUAUUAGAAUGGAAAGAUUUGCUCCAUAUAUGAAGUCCACCUAGAAAUCUCGAACAGAAAGUCUUAAAAAAACAGCUGUGAAAAGGCCCGCACACAAAAACAACACCAUGUAUAAAAAGAAAACUCAUGCAAAGGGAAGGGAAGGAAAGGAAAAGAGCACUCCGCUUUGGGAAAAAGUUUGUGUGGAGUGGAGAUAACUGUUGUCAAAUGUGGAUCGCUGAUAUUACGAUUGAUCCAACAACCCAAUUUCCGUAUCUACAACAAAAAUAUGAUCAUCCAUUUUUUCUCCACGGAUACGGGAUCGUCCUCAUCGGUCCACAAUCACUUGCAGAACAGUGAUCGAACAGGGAGAAGUUAGAGUGUUAACUUCACAAGAGUUAGCACGUCGUACUAAUUACUCUAAUCGCCAUCCAUUAUUUUAAGUGGAAUCAUUAUUUGAUAAAAAAAAUGGCUUAUUUAGUAUUUCAAAAAAAUUAAAAUGAAUUAAACUAUAAAUUAUCUUUCCUCUCUCCCGUUUUUGUUAGCUAGCGACUUUUGACCAGUUUUUUUUUUUUUACUAAAUCCAUUACUGCUUCAAUUAGUAGUGAUUUUGGCCUAUAGUAGUGAUUUUCAUGGUUAGUAGUAGUGAUUUAAGAAUUUUUAAUCAAUAGUGAUGGAUGCUUUUGGAAGUUUCUUAAUCAAUAGUGAUGGAUGCUUUUGGAAGCUGAAAGCAGUGUUUUUACUUUUGACAAUAUUCGGCAGUGAUUUUCAUGUAACUAGUAGCGAUUUAACAUAUUCUAAUUUGUAAUAAUUGAUUGUAAAAAGCACUACCAACUAAAAAAACUACUAUAAUUAUGCAAACCACUAUUAAAAUUUGAUGAAAUCAAUGCGUAAAAAUCACUAACACAUAAUUACUACCUACAAAUUACUACUACCCUAAUGAUCACUCAUAAGUAACAUUCAAUUGUAGCAUAUGAGAAAUUUGGGUCGCCAACUUCACUUGAAUCAAAAAAUAAAUACAAAUUGCGGUGAGCGUGGAUCGAACACGCGACCUUCAGAUCUUCAGUCUGACGCUCUCCCAACUGAGCUAUCCCCGCCUGUUGAUAUUGAUUGCUCGUAGACCUAUAUAUUCAUUGUUACUAACAAAUGGGAACCUCCUACUUCUCCAAGUUCUCCAUCGUAGUCGCAACAACAUUUCGGCUACUACAACUCCUCCGCCGCCCAGAAACAGAGCACCCCACUUCUCAUUGAUGCUUUCUUUGAUAUCCUCUGGGAAAUAAGGCCUCGUUUGGAACCUCCGAUUUCAGACGUUGUAUUCUCGUUAUACAUGUAUUCUAUAGAAUGCAAUGUUUUUUGACUUGAUGUAAUAACAACAUGCAUGUAUUCAUAAUCCAUAAAUGACGUAUAGUAAAUCUUACAUUUUUUGUGAGAUUUUAGUAUUCAAAGUUCAUUUAAACUAUAAUCCACGCGUUCUUUUAUGGUUUCCAAACAAUGAAUUUUCAAAACCACACUUUCUUAGCAUACACAUAAUCUUUAAUACACACAUUCUUGUAAUACAUCAUUUCCAAAAUCAAAGGUUUCAAACGACCCCUAUCAAUAUGGAGAACAUAGAGAAGGCAUAACACAUAAUACAACGUAUUGCAACUUGCAAAGAUUAAAGCUAAUCAUGUGUUGUUUGACAGGAUACAUCCCACGGAGGCAAGAUAUCGAUAAUUGAUCGGCAAGUGAUGGAUGUUAUCGUUGAUGCUCGACAGGGAAACAAUGCGGUCUAGUUCAAAUUUGGCCAUAUAUAUGGUGCAUGGUUCAUAUCAAAAGAUGGAGUACAAAUCACAAAUUAGGGUAAAUAAUAGACAGUCCAAAUCAAACCACGCCUGGUGAGGUAUGGUUGGAUCAGGUUGAGCAAAAAUGAACAAUUUUAUGGCCCACCUUACCCAAAAUCCAACCAAGAAUACAGAAAAAUCUAAUUUUUGGUUUAAACCUAAAUUUCACAACGCAUCCAUAAUUAAUUUUAUACCCUAAAUCGAACUAAAUAGCAAAGUCACAAAGUUAGACCAACCCAACUUCCACCACGAUGCCAUAAAUCGUCUCCAUCCUUUAAGAGAGUAUGAUAUGUGAAUGAAGAAUGAGAUGAGAUUCAUAAUUAUGGUUGAGACUUGAGUCUCGUUGAGGACUAGGGCAAGUGGGUUGCUAGUAUGAAUUUGUAAGUGGGUUGGGUCCACACGAUCUGAUCGAUUCAAUAGAUUGUGGUUUGGGCCAUACCAGAUCAUAAGAUCAAACAUCUCAUAACAUAAAUCGGGACCAAACCAAACUACCUUUAACGAUCUACAACCAUAGUCAAAUUGUACCAUUCGAUUUGAUUCAUAAUUUUACAAACAGUUUGAUAUAUUUUCCCAGAAGUUCUUAGAAGUACGUGGGACCCAUGAAAGUGAGGCAAUUAGUUUCCACGUAAUUAGCUUGUCAAUUCAUGCAAGGUCCACUAGUAUUCUAAUUUUCAGACAGAAGCCAGAAACUAACCAAAAGUUGGUAUAGAGUGUUAUAAUAAUAUAGUUAUUAGGCCAGUAGUGGAGGCUGAAGUUGUAGCAUGCAAUGGACUAGUAGAAAAAGAGUUCAAUUGACAGACAAAUUGGCCUAUUAGCUCAGCUGGUUAGAGCGUCGUGCUAAUAACGCGAAGGUCACAGGUUCGAGACCUGUAUGGGCCAGGUUUUUUCGACUAUUUUUCAUUUUCUGUGAGACCAUUUUUUUCGACUAUUUUCCAUUUUUCUGUGAGACCAUUAAUCAUAUAUGUUGAGUCCUUGUGAAUGUAAGGUCAUUCGUUUGUUUUUUUAGAGCCCAAAAACUUUCUAUAAUUAAGCUACUCCUCCUUGCGGAACCAUUAAUCAUAUAUGUUGAGUCUAAUCCAACGAGUAGCUAUAUUGUCACGUUUUCCUCAUUUCCUCAGUCCUCCCUAAUACGAGGAAGCAAAGAUAUAACAAUCCUAUCUAUCUGUCUAUCUAUCGACAAUUAACUGCAUAUAUGGUAAUUUGAACAACGAACCACCUUGCUUUUUGUGAAGUCGACGAAAUUUCUAAACAACCUACUAUGUUGUAGUACAGGCAUGAUGGUCGCUAACUCUGUUACGAUAAAUGACACAUUCAACCAAAUCCACCGAAAAUCCCGUUUGAAAAGUAAAAACCGAAACCCCCCGAGCUAAUCGCCCUCCACUAUAUUUCCUUACGUUUUACUCACUUCACUCUCAACCUAUAUAAAGCCUUCAACAAACUAAUCUAGCUAAUUGACUAGUUUAUUUAUGGCAUCAUUAGCCAUGGCGUCUUCCCUUUCUGCUUCUUCAUUUCGAUUGUAUAUGGACCUCCGUCGACUCUCAUCGCUGUUCAUGACGACGAUGGUGGUGGCGGUGAUGACGAGCUGCUCGGAGGGUCAAAUGGUCCCGGCGGCGUUCGUGUUUGGUGACUCGGUGGUGGACGUCGGGAACAACAACCACCUCCUCUUCUCGAUAGCCAAAUCCAAUUACCCACACUACGGUGUCGAUUUUGCGUAUAGCGAACCCACCGGACGCUUCUCCAACGGCAAGAUCCCUUCCGAUUUGGUCGCUGAAAAACUUGGCCUGCCAUCCCCGCCGCCGUAUUUAUCGAUCAGGCACAUCUGGCAGAACAUUAACAAGAAUGUGUCUAAGCUCGGGUUCGGGUUCGGGUCCAUCCCCUUGACCGGUUUGAACUUCGCUUCCGCUGGUUGCGGUGUGUUGAAGAACACUGGAUCCAUUUUCGGGGUUCACAUUUCGCUGGAGGAGCAAGUUGAUUACUAUGCCAAGGUCUACUCCACUCUGUUGAAGCUCCGAGGGUACGACCGGACCGAAAACAUAGUGAGCAAAGCCUUGUUCCUGGUGGUGAUCGGCAGCAACGACAUGCUCAACUACUACGAUUCCGACAGUCUUCGCGAGAAGUUCGCCCCCCAAGAUCGUUCCAACCAGACAGCCUCCAAGCUCGUAGAGCUGCUCGAGAGGUUAUACGCGUAUGGAGCUCGUAGAUUCGCCCUCACAGGGCUCCCUGCGCUCGGAUGUGCUCCUGCAAGAAGGCUCCAUGUCAAGAAUCAAGAGUGCGACGAGGAGUUGAAUUCCAUGUGUGAUGCGUACAACCGAAUGCUCAAGCCAAUGCUGCAACAGUUCAAAUCCAAGCACAAGGGUGUCAGCUACACGUACUUCGACGCCUAUACUUUCUUCCUAGAUGUCAUCAACAAUGCAUCUCACUAUGGAUUUAGUGAGACCAAGGCUGCAUGUUGUGGGGUUGGAGAAUUGGAAGCUGAAUUCCUUUGCACUCCCUUCUCGGACUAUUGCGAGGACAGAAACAAGUACAUGUUCUUUGACAGGAUUCAUCCCACAGAGGCGAUGUACCGCCACGUGGUGGAUGCCAUUAUCGACGGUCCGUCGAAAUACGUAGCACCGAUGAACAUCAGGAAAUUAGUUUCUGGGCAUGCUUCUUAGAGCAGAGGAAGAAAACCAGCAGAAGGAA